UGCGUGUGAAACUGAAGCUGCAUCGAAUAUGAAAACCUGCAAAUCCAGUCAUUUGGAUUCAGGCGUCGAAUCAGACAUCCAGUGCAGAAGUGCCCCAGGCUGUGUCGUGAGGUGCAGCUCGGAAAGGAUGGAGAGUGCUGCGAAGAGAAGACUGGCUGCCAACGCCAGGGAGAGAAGACGGAUGCAGGGACUGAACACAGCCUUUGAUCGUUUGCGAAAGGUGGUUCCACAGUGGGGUCAAGAUAAGAAGCUGUCCAAGUAUGAGACCCUUCAGAUGGCUCUGAGUUAUAUCAUGGCUCUCACUAGAAUACUUGCCGAAGCAGAAAGAUACAGUACCGAAAGAGAAUGGAUUAGCCUUCACUGUGAGCACUUCCAUCCGGAGAGCUACCACCAUUACACAGCGCAAAAAGUGGCAGCAGACAGCGAUCCUUACGCCCAGCGAAUAUUCAGCUAUCACCCUGAACACUUUCAAAUAGCUAAUUAGGACUUUUUACGAACUAAGAAUAUGCAGCAGGCCAGAUGUGUAAUUUAAUAAUUAGCAAGAGUUAAUCCACUUGAAUAAGGUAAUAUCGGCAUUAUAAUAGCUCAUUCUUGGUUGCGUCUUAUACUAAUUUGACAAAAUAAAUUUGCUUUGAGAUCUUUAUAUCAA